AUGCGUCCUGGGGCGCCAGGGCCAUUCUGGCCUCUGCCCUGGGGGGCUCUGGUUUGGGCCGUGGGCUUCGUGAGCUACAUGGGCUCGGGGGACCCCGCGCCCGGUGGUGUUUGUUGGCUUCAGCAGGGCCAGGAGGCCACCUGCAGCCUGGUGCUCCGGACUAACGUCACCUGGGCCGAGUGCUGUGCCUCCGGCAACAUUGACACCGGCUGGUCCAACCUCACUCACCCGGGGAACAAGAUCAACCUCCUUGGCUUCUUGGGCCUUGUCCACUGCCUUCCCUGCAAAGAUUCGUGCGACGGCGUGGAGUGCGGCCCAGACAAGGCGUGCCGCAUGCUGGGGGGCCGCCCGCGCUGCGAGUGCGCGCCCAACUGCUCUGGGAUCCCGGCGCGGCUGCAGGUCUGCGGCUCAGACGGCGCCACCUACCGCGACGAGUGCGAGCUGCGAGCCGUGCGCUGCCACGGCCACCCGGACCUGCGCGUAAUGUACCGGGGCCGCUGCCGCAAGUCCUGUGAGAACGUGGUGUGCCCACGGCCACAGUCGUGCGUCGUGGACCAGACGGGCAGCGCCCACUGCGUGAUGUGUCGGGCGGCGCCCUGUCCUGUGCCCUCCAGCCCCGGCCAGGAGCUUUGCGGCAACAACAACAUCACCUACAUCUCCUUGUGCCACCUGCGCCAGGCCACCUGCUUCCUGGGCCGCUCCAUCGGUGUGCGCCACGCGGGCAGCUGCGCAGGCACCCCUGAGGAGCCGCCAGAUGGUGAGUCGGAGGAAGAGGAGAGGAACUUCGUGUGAGCCUGCAGGACAGGCCUGGGCCUGGUGCCCGAGGCUGCCCCCCACCCCGUUAUUUAUUGCCACAGCAGAGUCUAAUUUAUAUCCCACGGAUAUUCCCUAGGGCCUGGAUUCGGACCACUUGGGGAUCCCAGAACCCCCGACGAUAUCCUGGAAGGACUGAGGAAGGGAGGCCUGGGGGCCGGCUGGUGGGUGGGAUAGGCCUGCAUUCCGGACACUGAGCUCCUGAUUUAGGGCCCUUCUCUAAGAAGCCCCAGCCCCUACCCUAAGACCUAUUGCUGGGGAGGAUGCCACACUUCUGCUCCUUUGGGGAUAAACCUGUUAAUUAUUGCUACCAUUAAGACCACUGGACAUUCCCUGCUGGUAAUUCCUGAAGAGGCACGACUGCUUUUCUCAGCCCCAAGCGUCCUAGAACAGGGGCCUUGGGCUCAGGCCACGAGGAGCAGAGGAGGUCUAGCCUGGGUGUGUACGGAGGGUCUAGCCUGGGUGUGCACGGAGGGUCUAGCCUGGGUGUGCACGGAGGGUCUAGCCUGGGUGUGCACGGAGGGUCUAGCCUGGGUGUGUACGGAGGGUCUAGCCUGGGUGUGCACGGAGGGUCUAGCCUGGGUGCGUGUGGGGACCUCAGAACAGUGACUUCAGUCCAGCAAGCCAGGCCCUUCAUGAAGGCCAAGAAGGCUGCCACUGUUCCCUGCCAGCCCAAGAACUCCAGCUUCCCCACUGCCUCUGUAUGCCCCUUCCCGUCCUGCGAAGGCCGUUGAGAAAUGCCCAGUGGACCCAUGGGAAAGGGCAUGGCCUGUCCUCCUGACACGGGCCGUGCUCAGCCACAGAAUGGCCCAGCGCCUCCCCUGCUGCCGUCCACGUCAGUUUAUGAGGCGCCAUCACAUAGUCUCAGACAUGGAGCAGCCAGCGGCAGCUCAGAGCAGGGCACUGUGUCCAGCGGAGCCUAGUCCACGUUGGGGGGACUCCGGCAGGGACCACAGACCCCCACUCACCCACUGGCCCCGAGGGGGGUGUAGACGCCAAGACUCACGCAUGUGUGACAUCUGGAGUCCUGGAGCUGGGUGUCCCAGCGGCACCACUAGGUGCCUGCUGCCUCCACAGUAGGAUUCACACCCAGGGCUCCUCGGUCCCCUACAUAUAGCCCGCCCCGGCUACAUGCCAGACCUGCCUCACCCACCAGCACAGCCGGAGCUGGCGACACCAGCCAGGUGCUGGUCUUGGGCCAGUUGUCCCACGACGGCUCACCCUCCCCUCCAUCUGGGUUGUCGCUCAGAAUUGCCUACCUGUGCCUGCGUGUAAACCAGAGCCUCAGACCAGCUAUGGGGAGGGGACAACGUCGAGGAAAUCCAGCUUCCCUGGUCUGGGGUGAGGAGUGCCGGGAGCUUGGGCAGCCUCCUCCAGCCUCCUCCAGCCCUCAGGCAGUGCCUUACCUGUGGUGCCCAGAAAAGUGCCCCUGGGCUGGUGGGUCUACGGGAGCCUCAACCAGGCAGCCCUCCCCACCCUGGGGCCCUGCCUCACCAAAGAAAUAAAGACUCAAAGAAGCCA